AUGCCGGUACUCUCCACGCCCAGGCCCUCUCGGGUGACCACGCUGAAGCGCACAGCUCUGGUCCUGGCCCUCACCGCCUAUGGAGCCCACAAAAUCUACCCCCUGGUGCGGCAGUACCUAGCUGCAAGCAGGGGCCCUCAGGUACCGGCAGGGGAGUCCACGCAGGAUGUCUCUGGGGCCAUGGCGGCCAAGGCCAGCGUGAACAGGGUGUUCUUACGGCGGCUCUUGGGGCUCCUGCGGCUGCUCUUCCCCAGGACCCUGUGCCGGGAAACAGGGCUGCUGGCGCUGCAUUCGGCCUCCCUGGUGAGCCGGACUUUCCUGUCCGUGUAUGUGGCCCGCCUGGACGGCCGGCUGGCCCGCUGCAUCGUGCGCAAGGACCCGCGGGCCUUCAGCUGGCAGCUCCUACAGUGGCUCCUCAUCGCUCUCCCUGCCACCUUCAUCAACAGUGCCAUCCGGUACCUCGAGGGCCAGCUGGCCCUGUCUUUCCGCAGCCGUCUAGUGGCCCAUGCCUACAGCCUCUACUUCUCCCAGCAGACUUACUACAGAGUCAGCAAUAUGGACGGGCGCCUUCGCAACCCUGACCAGUCCUUGACGGAGGACGUGGUGGCCUUUGCCGCUUCAGUGGCCCACCUCUACUCCAACCUCACCAAGCCGCUCCUGGACGUCGCCGUGACGGCCUACACUCUGGUUCGAGCGGCCCGCUCCCGUGGGGCCGGCACGGCCUGGCCCUCGGCCAUCGCCGGCCUUGUCCUGUUCCUCACAGCCAACGUGCUGCGAGCUUUCUCACCUAAGUUUGGCGAGCUGGUGGCAGAGGAGGCGCGGCGGAAGGGAGAGCUGCGCUACAUGCACUCUCGAGUGGUGGCCAACUCAGAGGAGAUCGCCUUCUAUGGGGGCCACGAGGUGGAGCUAGCCCUGUUGCGGCACUCCUACCAGGACCUAGCUUCGCAGAUUAACCUCAUCCUGCUGGAACGCCUUUGGUACAUCAUGCUGGAACAGUUCCUCAUGAAGUACGUGUGGAGCGCCUCCGGCUUACUCAUGGUGGCCGUCCCCAUCAUCACUGCCACCGGCUACUCCGAGUCAGACUCAGAGGCAGUGAAGAAGGCCGCCUUGGAGAUGCGGGAAGGGGAGCUCGUGAGCGAACGCACAGAAGCCUUCACCAUUGCCCGCAACCUCCUCACCGCUGCCGCGGAUGCCAUCGAGCGGAUCAUGUCGUCCUACAAGGAGGUGACAGAGCUGGCCGGCUACACGGCCCGAGUACACGAGAUGUUCCAGGUAUUCGAAGAUGUCCAACACUGCCGUUUCAAGAGGCCUGGCGAGCUGGAGAGCACUCAGGCAGGAGCCGGGGCUGUGGCGCGCUCUGGUGUCCAUGUAGAGGGGCCCCUGCAGAUCCGAGGCCAAGUGGUAGAUGUGGAACAGGGAAUUAUUUGUGAGAACAUCCCCAUCAUCACGCCCACGGGAGAGGUGGUGGUGUCCAGCCUCAACAUCCGGGUGGAAGAAGGCAUGCACCUGCUCAUCACGGGCCCCAACGGCUGCGGCAAGAGUUCUCUGUUCCGGAUCCUCGGCGGGCUGUGGCCCGCAUACGGCGGCGUGCUGUACAAGCCCCCACCCCAGCGCAUGUUCUACAUCCCUCAGAGGCCCUACAUGUCCGUGGGCUCCUUGCGAGACCAGGUGAUCUACCCAGACUCUGUGGAAGACAUGCGAAGGAAAGGCUAUUCGGAGCAGCACCUGGAGGCCAUUCUGGACAUCGUGCACCUGAACCACAUACUGCAGCGGGAAGGGGGUUGGGAAGCCGUGUGUGACUGGAAGGAUGUGCUGUCGGGGGGUGAGAAGCAGAGAAUCGGGAUGGCGCGCAUGUUCUACCACAGGCCCAAGUACGCUCUCCUGGAUGAAUGCACCAGCGCCGUGAGCAUCGAUGUGGAAGGCAAGAUCUUCCAGGCGGCCAAGGACGCUGGCAUUGCGCUGCUCUCCAUCACCCACCGGCCCUCCCUGUGGAAGUACCACACGCACUUGCUGCAGUUUGAUGGGGAGGGUGGCUGGAAGUUCGAGAAGCUAGACUCCGCCGCUCGCCUGAGCCUGACUGAGGAGAAGCAGCGGCUUGAGCAGCAGCUGGCCGGCAUUCCCAAGAUGCAGCGGCGCCUCCAGGAGCUCUGCCAGAUCCUGGGCCAGGGCUCUGGGGUCCUCCAGGGUGCCGCCUCUCCCUGA